AUGUCCCACCCCUCCUCCUCAGCGUCUGCCCUCCACACCUCCCUCCUCCGGCCCCCAAUCCUCCACAUCCUCCGCGCCGCUGGCUUCACGACAGCCAAACCCUCCGCCCUCGACACCCUCGUCGAUCUCGCGUCUCGCUACCUCAUCCUCUUAGCGCAGAGAACGGGCGUGCAUGCUGAAGGGCACGCCCAUCUACCGCCUGCCUACCACUCCCACCCGGCCUCCCAGCAGACUACCGUCACAAUAACGGACGUAAGAUUAGCACUCCAAGACGCAGGCGCGCUAUUCCCGCAGAUGAGCGAGGCAGAGGAGAUGGUGGUUGGCAGAGAGGAUUUGAGGGGCGUGGAGGCGUUUGUGAAGUGGUUCGAGGGGGCGAUGGCGGGGGAGAUCAGUAGGGUUGCUGGGCUUGCGAAAGACGGCGGUACUGUGCCUCCGCCUGGGGGUGUAGGUGUCAAUGGCGGUAAUGCUGUUGGGUUGAGAGGUGGAGGAGACGCGAAUUUGACGAAGACGGUGACGGGGCCGGCGGGGACAGGUGUUGGUGCAGGGGUAGGAUUAGGGGUCGGGAUAGGUGGUGAAGCCAAAGAGGACUUUCUCGUGCGGCUGAAGAAGAAAUAUUCGAAGACUGGGGCGGGGGAGGAGAGUAGAUAUGCGGGGACUGCUUUGGGGAAGGACUUGGAGGGGCGGGGGGUCAGGGUUGAGGGGUUCGAGGGCGUGGAGAGCUUGGAUGAUUGGGGACGGUGGGUUAGGGGGAGGUUGUAUGGGGGUGCAGGAGAGGGGGAAAGGGUGCGGAAGUGGAUGAGGAAGGGGAUGGGGAAGAGGGGAGGGGGCAGAGUGAGAGUAGUGGGAGUCCGUUGA